GUUAAUCCAACAUGUUUGUAAAUUGUGAAUUCUAGGAGCCAAACACACGCAAUUAGGGGAGCUUAAACCCUUCUUCCCCUUUUCUCCUCUUUCUUCUUCUGCCUAACUUUUUUCCAAAUAAUUUUGAUUAAGCUGCCAUUAUCUUCCCUCGCAACUUUCUCUUCUGCUUACAAUUUGUAAUUGCUACUUGAUCAAGCUUCUCUUGACAGUUGUUGACGUUCCUGAGGCUUUGAAGAUGUCUCUUUAUCCUAAUGCACCAUUAAACUCAGUGGAUGAGGAUGCAUCUUCUGGCUCUGGAGAGGAGAUGAAUUUGGUUGAUGGGCAUAACAAACGUCAUUCUGCUGUCCCAUCAAGUUCAGGACGUCAAAAAAGAAGUCGCAAGGCAACGGGUGAUGCCAUAGUUGACGCUAUGCUAGAAAUAGCAGCUGCAUCUAAAAUGAGAGCUGCUGCAAUGAUGAAGAAUGAAGAUCGAUUUUCAAUUAGCAAAUGCAUCAAAGUCUUGGAUGAAAUGCAAGAUACCUCAGCUGGCAUGGAGGAUUUUGAUAUAGAAUUGGAUGAGAUGGAACUAGUUGCUGCUGCAGUUGGAUACUAUUAUCAUAAUAGUAUAAAUAAACAUCCUCGCCAUAGUCUGUCACCUAAUCAACCUAAUUACAUGACUGGACUAAUGGAAGGGCCAGAGGAUGCAUGUCGUGAAAUGCUUAGGAUGGAUAAACAUGUCUUCCAUAAAUUAUGUGGCAUUUUUCGACAAAGAGGCAUGCUUCGUGAUACUGCUGGAGUUUCAAUUGAAGAGCAACUAGCAAUUUUUUUGAAUAUUAUCGGGCAUAAUGAGCGUAAUAGAGUCAUACAGGACAGGUUUCAACAUUCUGGAGAGACCAUAAGUCGGCAUUUCAAUAGUGUGUUGAAGGCUAUCAAGUCAUUGUCUCGUGAGUUCCUACAAGCUCCACCUAUAAACACACCCCUACAGAUCCUUGGUAGCAGAAGACUCUUCCCUUAUUUCAAAGAUUGUAUUGGGGUAAUAGACGGCAUGCAUGUUCCUGCACAUGUACCUGCAAAAGAUCAGACUCGAUUCCGUAACAAGAGAGGUUUUCUAUCACAGAAUGUUUUGGUAGCUUGUACUUUUGAUAUGCAGUUUAUAUUUGUAUAUCCUGGAUGGGAAGGUUCAGUUUCUGAUUCUCGUGUACUGCAAGCUGUUCUUGAUGACCCAGAUCAGAAUUUCCCUCGCAUUCCUGAAGGUAAAUACUACCUUGUAGAUACAAGUUACUUAAAUAUGGAAGGAUUUGUCGCCCCAUUUCAAGGAGUUCGAUACUGCAAUCAUGAGUUCAAAGGUGCUAACUGUCUACCAAGAAAUGUGCAAGAGCUCUUUAAUCAUCGGCAUUCAACCCUAAGACAAGCCAUCUUGAGGUCUUUCCAUGUUUUGAAAGAGCGAUUUCCUAUUCUGAAACUUGCUCCUCAGUACGCAUUUCAGAUUCAAAGAGACAUUGUAAUCGCUGCUUGUGUUAUCCAUAAUUUUAUCCGGCAAGAAGAUUGCAAUGAUCGGUUAUUUUCCAGCGUUGAAGAACAAAUGGUGGAAGAAGUUCCAGACUUUGAUGAUCUGCUUGAUAUGCCAUCAGGACCUCCCUUAAAGGAGGAAAUGGGAAUGUUGCUACGAGAAUCGAUUGCAACUUCUAUGUGGAAUGAUUUCUUGAAUGAAUGGAAUGAAUGGUGAACUGUUGCAUGCCUUGCAUCCAUACUGACGAAACUUACUGCUGUUAAUCAUCCUUGUGUACAGAAUUUAUUUCUGUAGUAUUUGGCAAAAUCUAUACACUCAAAUAUACUAGUAGGUUUAUUCCAAUAGAAGGCCAGCUCUUGCAGUUUCUUGUGACAUCAGGAUCUUGAUUGAGCAUUUUGCUUCCUUAAGUUGCUGGCCUGUUUGAUAGAACUAUAGAUAUAAUUUUAAGGAAAAACAUAGCUUAGCCUUAGAUUUUACAACUUAGGCUUUUAUUAUAGGAAAAAUUAGAAAAAAUAAUCCCAACUUUGUCUAAUUUAUGUAGAAUAAUCCCAACUUUCGUUAAUACUGGAAUAAUCCGAACUUUGGGGGGUCUUCUUUUUCUUCAAUCCCAAACCGGUCAACAAAAGUCAAUGACCUAUUAUAGCAGGUCACUUGACAAGUGUCAAAUCCUGAUUGGUCCAAAUAUUAAAAAAAAAAAUUAAAAAAAAAAAGAAAACCACCCAG